AUGAUACCAUUAAUACGAAUUAUCCGGAAGAAGAAAUUAAUCCUCGUGUUCAUAUUCGUGGUGUUGGUUUUGGUCUUCAAUUUCCACCAAGAUCGAAUCAAAGCCGAAAUUGGAAAAGAUCAACUACUCACUGAAAUAAAAUAUAAUGAACAUGAUGCUACAUAUAUUCAUAAAUUAUUCCUUAAUGAAUAUCCUAUUGAGACUGUGUUAGAUCUACCACUUAAUCAAAGAUGUGAUUUGUUUUUUGAUUUUAUGCUAAAACAUGAAAAAUCAUGGGUCAUUGAUCCUAAAGAGAAAUAUGAUAUUGAUUUUAAAAGUGAAGGUUUUAAAGAAUAUGCCAUGAAAUUUGGAAUCAAAUUAAGUAAAGAAUAUAAAAAGAAAUAUGGAAAACAUGAUGAUAAGAGUUCCCAUGAACAAUUACUAAAUUCCAAUAUUGAAUAUGAAUAUUACAUGUAUCAAUCUCUGAUAAAUGAAAUUGCAAUCAUGCAUAGACUUACAAUGAUUAGAAUUUAUAAUAAAUGUAUGAGUCAAACCCAGAAUUCUAUUACAAUUGAGGAAAAACUAUAUCCAUGGUUAUCAAAACAGUUUCCAAAAUAUGAAAAUUGGAAUGGUGAAUUGAAAACUCCGAAAAUGAACCCAGAUGAAACAGUUUUGACUCAGUUUCAACAGAAAAGUUCAGGAAAAGGUGUUGUUGUUACAAUUGCUGAAAAACAUGUUGAUGAUAUGAUAAAUUUAAUACAUUUACUUCGUGCUUUGAAAAAUAAACUUCCCAUUGAAAUAAUUUACACUGAGUUGUCAAAUGAAUCCAAAUCUAGAAUAUCAAAAGCUGCAAGAGAUGAUUAUAUGAAUUUCCCAACACAAGACAUUUGGUUUGUUGAUGUUAAUCCAGCAAUUUUAGAAGAGCAUAGAUCAAUAUUUGAGAAAUUUGAUUAUAAACUUCUAUCUAUAUUGUUCAACUCCUUUGAAGAAUUUAUCCUUCUUGAUGCAGAUACAGUACUUUUCAAAUCUCCUAGUUAUUUCUUUAACAUUAAAGGAUAUAAAAAUACGGGAGCAUUUUUCUUCAAAGAUCGUGGUUUUCUUCAUCGUCGAUCACUUGAAGAUGGUAAAUUAUUUGCAAGUUUUAGUCCAUCUAUUUUUGAUACAGCAAUGUUUGAUAUUCCACGAUUAACUAAUCAUACAUUAAGUAAUCCUUAUUUCAAAGGAUUGACUCAUUUUCAAGAAUCUGGUGUGGUUGUAAUUAACAAGAAGAAACAUUUCCAGUCAUUACUAAUGAUUAUUCAAUUGACAUUUAUACAUCCAAUAAGUAUGAAAGUUUGGGGUGAUAAAGAGCUAUAUUGGAUGGGGUUUGCACUUAAUGGCGAUGAAAAUUAUGCAUUUAAUGAUAAUUUUGCUGGUGUGGUGGGUCUGUUAACUCCGGAAAGUGAAAGAAUUCGUCCAGAUGGGAAAAAUUUCAAUGGUAAAGAAAUUUGUUCAUCCCAUCCAGGUCAUAUUAGUUCAGAAGAUGGAUCAUUAUUAUGGAUGAAUACAGGAUUUAAAUAUUGUGGGAAGAAAGUAUCAAGUUAUGAUGAAGAAGCAGAAAAGAAUAAGAAAACAAACUUAUGGAAACAUCUUAAAACAGGUGAAGAUUUUAAGAAUUUUUAUAAUAGUCCUGUGAAAAUAACCCAUGCAAUUAUUCCACCAUUGGAUGAUGAACUUAAAGAAAGGGAAAAUAGUGAUGGUGAACCUGAUAAAGGAUGGUAUUGGCCACAAAAAUUUUGUAAGAGUUAUGUAUGGUGUGGUUAUACUAGCAUUGGUGGAGAUAAUGAUACUUUGGAAGGUGAUUUAAUCAGUUUCACUGAUAAAGAAGUGAACUUCUAUGAGAAAUUAGGAAAUAUAUGGAUGGGAUUAGAAGAAUAA